UUUAUUUAAUUUUUUUUCCAAACGCUUUAAGUGCAGUUGAUUAUUUGUCAUGCUAUACGUGCUAAUAGACAUCUGCUUGAAGCCGUUGGCUGCGUCUCAAACCGCGUACUUACUGUUUAUAUAGUAGCUGAGAUACAUGUAUUUUUCCCCACUACAGGCCUAUAGUAGGCAAGUAUGCGGUUUGGGACGCAGCCGAACUCUCUUCUUUGCCGUAAAAUGUUGAGAACUGCCGUGUGUGAUCGUGUCCUGUUGCAAAAUGCAAUGAAAACUCUCACACAACGUUCAUAAUGUGAUUAAGGUGUUUACAUGUCUGUCAUACACAUCCAUAAUGCAACUAAAAUAGGAGUACUCCACCUGUCUUAAUUCGAUUAAAGCUUAAUUUGAGUAUGACCUUAAUUAGAUUAGGGUAAGUAAAAAUUGCUGUUUACAUGGUAGUUUCUUAAUCAAAGUAUGGUCUUAAUCAGGUUAAGAGUGAAUUAUUGUUGUCCAUAUAAUCGCAGUUAAUGUUAAUAUGAAUUAAUAAUAUUCAAUAAGUCAGUGGUUUUAAAAGUGGGGGCCACAAGGGGGCACCUGGGGGGCCUCAACAAUUUGGUGUGAAAAAUAAAUAAAUACAUGAUUUUCUCUUUCUCAUUCUCAGACAACCACACACACACAAUCAAUUCCUAAUCUAAUGUAAUGUAAAGAUGCAAGAUGUAAUUAUUAAUAAAAAAAGAGGGAUAUAUUCAAAAGUCUAUAUUUUUAAUGUGUUUUAAAGACAUCUUGCAAAAGGGGGGCCUCGGUCAAAUGUUAAUGCCAUUUGGGGGGCCUUGCCCUGGAAAAGUUUGGGAACCCCUGCAAUAAGUCAAGAAAUCAUACUUUAAUCUUCAGAAUUUAGUUCAUGUGUUAAUGUUAAUUUGAGUAAUGUGAUGGAUCGAUGGAUGGGUGUUUUCUGUUUAUGAGGCCAGUUUCUGUGAAACAACUUGUUGAAAUGGAGAGAAUAAAGUUUUUAUUUGCACAUUUUUCCUGAAUUGUAGAAUUAAUUAUUAUUAAUUUAAAAGAAUGUAUAAAAGGCAGAACUAUCGGUUAUUGGUAUCGGCCGAUAUCACUCUGAAUAAUCGGUUAUCGGUAUCGGCUGAGAAAUUUAGAUUCGGUGCAUCUCUAGUCUGCACUCAUGAUAUAAUCGGGGACUUUAGUGUAGUUUGGAAUAACUGGCUCACAGCAACACUGUGGAAAGCGCUGAUGGUUGGCACAUGCGCACAUCUGCUCCGUCAUUGUCCCCUCACAGCAAGGCAGCUCUGGCUACAUAUACACACACACACACGCACACUUCGCUGCUGCUGCACCCCCCCCUCAGUGUCCGAAACAGCGCUCUUCUCCUCUUAAUUACACGCUAAUUAUCAUGGCGGUACAGCGUUAGUGGGAUUAUGAAGAAACGUCCCACCGAAGCCUCCGUCUCCUGUGCUAGUUACCACACUCCAUGCUGCAGCCACUCUCUGAAGUUUUGCUGUUGGUAGCUUUCUGGCUUGGAAAGAAAGGAGAGCUCACAAGCCACAUCAGCUGUUGUCGAGGCACAUAUGGUGCAUUGUUGCCAUUCCCAGGCCUACAUCCUCAAGGCUCAGCCUUUUGCUGCCCUGCUGUGCAAAUAGGAUUUGGCACAAGACGACAGGAUAUUGAUACAUUUAGAGUUGUUUUUAAAAAAAAAAAAAGUUGGUUCCCACAAGGACACUAAAAGUCUCUUUUAGUUUUUCCUCCCACUGCCUUUGAGGUGGUGGUUGAGCAGAAUAGGCCAUGGAGCCCAAUAUGGAGUACUGUCUGGCACAAGUGCUGCAGAAGGACGUGGGCCGGAGGCUGCAGGUUGGUCAGGAUCUCAUCGACUACAUCACUGAUAAGGAGAAGUCUCAUGACUUGGAGCAGGAUCAAACUGCAUUGGACAAGAUGGUAGAUGGCCUCGCUUCUUCCUGGGUCAACUCCAGCAACUUCAAGUUGGCUUUGCUGGGAAUUGACAUUUUGUCCACCUUGGUGACAAGAUUGCAAGACCGUUUCCGGACCCAGAUUGGAACAGUUUUACCUAGCUUGAUAGAUCGAUUAGGUGAUGCCAAAGAUCAAGUCAGAGACCAGGAUCAGACUCUGCUGCUGAAGAUCAUGGACCAGGCCGCUAACCCUCAGUACGUGUGGGACAGAAUGCUCGGGGGAUUCAAACACAAAAACAACAGGACCAGAGAAGGCGUCUGUCUUUGUCUCAUUGCAACAUUAAAUGUGUAUGGUGCCCAGGGCUUAACUCUAAACAAAAUUGUACCGCAUAUAUGCAAUCUGUUGGGAGACCCUACAAGUCAGGUGAGGGACAGUGCCAUGAAUUGCCUUGUGGAAAUAUAUAGACAUGUUGGAGAAAGGGUCAGAGUGGACCUCACCAAGAAAGGAUUGCCACAAUCACGGUUGAAUGUAAUUUUUGCCAGAUUUGAUGAGGUCCAAAGAUCUGGGAACAUGAUCCUCUCUACUGGGUCAGAUAAGAACUUUGACGAUGAGGACUCUGUGGACGGAGGCAGGUCCUCCUCUUCCACUUCAUCUAAAGGUCUGUCCAGCAGCAGGCGAGGAGGAAACAUGGGCUCAAUGAGACGACCCAGUUCGGCCUCAGCACCCAGAGCUGCAGGGAAAGAGGGAGCCAGUGCGGGAGCUGUCGAUGAGGAAGAUUUUAUUAAGGCGUUUGAAGAUGUCCCUACUGUGCAGAUCUAUUCCAGUAGAGAGCUGGAAGACUCCAUGACUAAGAUCCGGGAGGUGUUGUCAGAUGAUAAACAUGACUGGGAGCACAGAGUGGCUGCUCUGAAGAAAGUACGCUCGCUGCUCCUGGCAGGAGCCGCAGAACACGAGGGUUUCCUUCAGCAGCUUCGACUUUUAGAAGGUGCCUUCAAGCUAUCUGCAAAAGACUUGCGCUCCCAAGUGGUCCGGGAGGCCUGCAUCACUCUUGGACAUGUGUCCUCAGUGUUCGGGAACAAAUUUGACCACGGAGCAGAGGCCAUCAUGCCCACGCUGCUCAAUCUCGUGCCUAACAGCGCCAAAGUCAUGGCCACAUCAGGCAUGGCUGCUAUUCGUCUUAUUUUACGGCAUACACACUAUCCUCGUCUUAUCCCAAUCAUCACCAGUAACUGCACAUCUAAAUCAGUAGCUGUUCGAAGACGGUGUUAUGAAUUUCUUGACCUGUUGUUGCAAGAAUGGCAGACCCAUGCACUAGAGAGGCAUGUCGCAGUUCUCACUGAGACCAUCAAGAAAGGAAUUCAUGACGCUGACUCGGAGGCCAGAUCUAUAGCCAGAAAAUGUUAUUGGGGAUUUCACGGCCACUACAGCCGAGAGGCUGAGCACCUGUUUCAGGCUCUGGAGUCGACCUAUCAGAAGGCCAUCCAAUCUUACCUGAAGAGUUCUGACAGUAUAGUGUCACUGCCUCAGUCUGACCGUUCCUCCUCCAGCUCUCAGGAGAGCCUCAAUCGACCACUUUCUGUGAGGAGUGUGAUGGGAGGAAGCAUGACCAGAAGUAAGGUGGUGGGCUCCAGAACACCGUCCUCCACCCCAGGCUCACUCCAGCGCUCACGCAGCGACGUCGACGUGAACGCCGCUGCUAGUGCCAAGUCCCGGAUGCCUGCCGUGCCCUCUCUACCCUCUCCUUCCCCCUUCAGCUCAGCUGCAGCCCUCCCCCCAGGAUCCUAUGCCUCCCUGGGUCGCGUGCGCACCAGAAGGCAAAGCUCCGGAAGUGCGGUUGGUGCAAACGCUACAGUCACAGACAGCCGAGGUCGAAGCAGAGCUAAAGUGGCAUCUCAGUCUCAGCCUGGCAGCCGUUCCAGUUCCCCAGGAAAGCUGCUGGGUCACGCAUAUGGCAGAGUCCCGCGUACCACAGCCAUGGCUUCUACAUCCUCAGACAAACGAGCAAGGGUCCCAAGAAGCCAGGGCUGCAGCCGAGAGACCAGCCCAAGCAGAGCCCUGGGCAUAGCUGAGCUGUGUGGUAAAGCUCUUCUUCCUGCUGCUUCUCGUUACCGCACGCUAGCCCGGAGCAGUCGCAUCCCACGCCCCAGCAUGAGUCAGGGCUGCAGCCGUGACACCAGUCGCGAGAGCAGCCGCGAUACCAGCCCCGCUCGGGGUUUCACUCCUCUGGAUCGAUUUGGGCUACUCCACCAAGCCCGUAUUUCUGCCUCUGUCAAUGCCAUGAGAGUUCUGAACACGGGGACAGACGUUGAGGCAGCUGUGGCUGAUGCUUUACUGUUAGGAGACUCCAGGAAUAAGCGUAAACCUAUGAGAAAGCGGUAUGAGUCUCCAGGGAUGUACUCAGAUGACGAUGCUAACAGCGAUGCAUCCAGCGCAUGCUCUGAGCGCUCAUACGGAUCCCGUAACGGAGGAGUACCACACUACCUACGGCAGACAGAGGAUGUCGCUGAGGUGCUUAACCACUGUGCUAGUGCCAACUGGUCUGAGAGAAAGGAAGGACUCCUGGGGUUGCAAAACUUACUUAAGAGCCAGCGCGUCCUUAGCCGAGUGGAGAUGAAAAGAUUAUGUGAGAUCUUCACGAGGAUGUUUGCAGAUCCUCACAGCAAGGUGUUCAGCAUGUUCCUGGAGACUCUGGUAGACUUUGUCACUGUUCAUAGAGAGGACCUUCAGGACUGGCUUUUUGUCCUGCUCACUCAGCUGCUAAAGAAGAUGGGCGCUGAUCUCCUGGGUUCAGUUCAGGCCAAAGUCCAGAAGGCUCUAGAUAUCACUCGUGAGUCUUUCCCAUUCGACCAACAAUUCAACAUCCUUAUGAGGUUUAUUGUCGAUCAAACGCAAACUCCCAACUUGAAGGUUAAGGUGGCCAUCCUGAAGUACAUUGAGUCCCUGGCAAGGCAGAUGGACCCUGCAGACUUUGUGAAUUCCAGUGAGACAAGAUUAGCUGUGUCCCGCAUCAUAACCUGGACCACAGAACCCAAAAGCUCUGAUGUCAGGAAGACCCUUCAUAACUGGGCGAGUGAGGAGUUUUCAGGCAGGCCAAGCACUACAGCCGUGCUGCCCGGAGAGGGUAAUCUGGAGGAAAGGUGUAAGCAGGCUGCCCAGGUGGUGCUGAUCUCUCUCUUUGAGCUGAACACGCCUGAAUUCACCAUGCUUCUUGGAGCUUUGCCCAAAACAUUCCAGGAUGGAGCCACCAAGCUCCUCCACACCCACCUGAAGAACUCUAGCAGCACCAGUGGAGUGAGUUCUCCCAGCAACACAAUUGGUCGUACACCACCCAGGCAUCCAUCCAGCAGGACGAGCCCCCUCACCUCUCCCACUAACUCCUCUCACACUGGUCUUUCACCAAGUAUGCUGGAGUAUGACACCGAGAAUAUGAACUCUGAUGAAAUCUACAGUUCACUGCGUGGCGUUACAGAGGCCAUCCAGAGCUUUAGAUAUCGCAGCGAGGAGGACCUCAACGAGCCAAUCAGACGUGAAUUCAAGAAGGAUGAUGGGGUUGGCAGGGACACUGCAUCACCUGGGUCAGAUUCUCGGUUAGGUUUGGAUAUAGUGGAGGGAGGGCGCACUGCCUUGGAUAACAAGACGUCUCUGCUCAACACCCCCUCUCCACGUUCUUUUGCUGGGCCAAGGACACGAGAGUUUGCACCAUAUGGCUAUGGAGACACCAUUGGUGGUUAUGAUAAGAGUGCUUUGAAAGAGGCUGUCUUUGAUGAUGACGUGGAACAGUUCCGUGAUUGCCGUCGGCAGGAGUGCAGUGAGAACAAGAUGGUGCUCUCCAAGGGCUUUUCUCCUGACCUGGUGGCAGACCUGCUGAAAGAGCUGUCCAAUCACAAUGAGCGAGUAGAAGAGAGAAAAGGGGCACUGGUGGAACUUCUGAAGAUCACCCGAGAAGACAGCCUAGCUGUGUGGGACGAGCAUUUUAAAACCAUCCUAUUGCUGCUCCUGGAGACACUUGGAGACAAAGAUCACACUAUUCGAGCUAUGGCUCUGCGUGUUCUCAAAGAAAUCCUAAGGAUUCAGCCAGGCCGCUUCAAGAACUAUGCAGAACUCACCAUCAUGAAGACAUUAGAGGCUCACAAAGACACUCACAAGGAGGUGGUAAGGGCUGCUGAAGAGUCUGCAUCCACACUGGCUGGCUCCAUCCACCCUGAGCAGUGCAUCAAAGUGCUGUGUCCCAUUGUACAGACUGCAGACUACCCCAUCAACCUAGCAGCUAUUAAAAUGCAGACAAAAGUCGUUGAACGCAUUGUCAAAGAUUCUCUUCAUCAACUGCUGCCAGACAUUAUUCCUGGCCUCUUACAAGGCUAUGACAACACAGAAAGCAGUGUUCGCAAGGCCAGUGUCUUCUGCCUAGUGGCCAUCUACUCUGUCAUCGGUGAAGAGCUCAAGCCCCACCUGGCACAGCUCACGGGCAGUAAGAUGAAGUUGCUAAACCUGUAUAUCAAGAGAGCCCAGACAACCAACAGCAACAGCAGCAGUUCGUCCGACGUGUCCUCUCACAGCUAAUGCAGAAGGCAUGCUCAUCACUGCCCUGCACUCAAUAGUUGGGUCUUAGCUGUGCAUCCUUCAGACCUUUUUGUUCCUCUUUAAUGUUUUUUUUUUUUUCCACCCCUGGAUAUUUCCAACACACUUUACCCAUUUCCAUCAGUAUUCCUUUUGAUUUCCUGUUUCCUGAUCAUUUCCUGAAUGUAAAAAUAGAUUGAAAGUUUCUUCACAGUGAGUUCUAGGGAUCACAUCUUCGGAUUUGUAUAACUGGCACCAGUUAUUGUUUUGUUUUUUUGUUUGUUUUUUGUUUGUUUUAUUUUUUGUUUUGUUUUUAAAGAAAUGACUUGAUAUUUAACAUUUAAUAAUGUAAUAAUGUGGUUUUUUUUCCAAAUCUAUAGUGUUUGAGGUUUUGACAUUGUUUUAAAUGGGGAACAGUUGCGUAGGUUAAAUAUGUCACUUGAAUCAGAGUUAGUGGAGGAUCAUUUGGCUGGCCGAGUGAUUUUAAAUGUGAUUUGAAAAGAUCAAGUGUCAUUUUAAGGUUAAGCUAAAAUGACAGCCAAAAAUGUAGGACUAAGUGUAUACGUUUAUUUAAAUUUGUAUUUAAAUACAGUGACAUGCCGUCAGAGCGGCACACCCUGUAACACAGAAAAGGAUCUAAAAUGUAUCCUUUAUGUUUGUAAUUGAAGUUUGUUUUAAAGUCUAUGGAUUUGUAUUAUUAUGAGUUGCUUUACUUUAUAAGGAUGUCCAAUAGCUUUUUUGUUUCUUUGUUUUUACAGUAUGUUUUGCCCUGUGAUAAUGGCACAAAUCAACCUGAACAAGGUCAAACUACUGAGUGUAUAUUCCACCCAACAUUUUUUGAUGUCAGUGCAAAUUUUCUGCUUCAAAUUCACAGUUGAGUUAAGAGCCAUGCUAAAUUAUUUUAUAGCUUCCUAACUCACGUCAGUUAUUUUUUCAGUAAUUCCACAAUUGUGGGUUGGUAAGGUUUGCUGUACAUCUUGAACAGGCUGUUGGUUUGACUAAACACACUCAGCUCCUCUACCUGCAGGAAAUCCCUGGACUACCAUAAUUAAUAAAAAACAAUCAUUUUCCGCUUCGCAGUAUUUGUAAAGAUCAUUGCAAAAAAUCUGGAUGGACUACCACAUGAACACACAUGCUGAAGCCCCAAUUUUCAAGAAAAUGACAAUCUAAAUGAAAAUUUAAAAGCUUAAAAUAAUUAUUUGUUUUCAUACAUGAAAGUUAACAGGUGCUUCACUUUAUUGCAUUGAAAGAAAUAUGAUCCGGAGCAUCUUGAGUCAGAAACACUGAAUGAAUGUUUAAAGAUUCCUGUACCACAAUCCCACCCAGACCGAGGUCUAUACUGAUCCUGCUGCUUUAAUGAAGACUUUACUCAAAUGUGUAGAUGCUAAUGAAUAUUUUUUGCAAAUGGCAGUGAUUCCUGCUUUGAAGGACAAUUGAAUGGUGGCAGAAACAUCAAACACUACCGUGCAUAUUGUUUAGUUUUUUUCUCAUAUUAUGUUUUGGCCACUCAGACUGUUGGUUUUAAGUGUGCACUCUGAUUUAAAUGUGAAAUGUGCUAUAGAUACAGGGCAUGUCUAUAGACUAUAUGAAAUCCCUCUAAAUUGGCAUAAAUGAAUAAUAGAUGCAUUGUCUAAUGGCUGAACCUUUUACCAAUUGCUUCUGUAGCAUUUGCUUUCAGAUGCUUUUUGUACAUAUGUUGUUAUAAACAAAAAAAAAAGCGAAAAAUAAUGGGGGUUUUGCACGUUAGCCUGCAUGUUUUUGGAACACACCCAUCUUGCGCUGCAGUGAUUGGCCUUGUUACAGUUUUUAGAACCUUGCCUCCUCAGUCCUGUGGUCAGCCUGUAAAUACAGUAUUAAUGCUUUACCCCCAGCCAGGAGGCAUCCAAGUACAAAACUUAAAUAGGGCUUAAUGAGGUGACCAAAAUAUCAUGUCUGUCUCCCCAUAAACAAAUUCAUUGUAAACAGUGGGUGAAAGCAUCUUAGUUCUACUACAUAUUGGGGUUUUUGCGAAGGUACACUGUGUGUGCCUGUCUUGGUAAUAUCCAGCUUCUUUUUUUAAAAAAAAAAAAUAGGGCCAAUGAUGGCCUGACAUGGAAGAUUCUUUCAUAUUGUCUGAAUGAGGUCCAAUAUAAAACCGAGCCAACUUUGAAGGGAAACUUAAGUAUUAGUUGAUGACUGGGUCUCAAUAAUCUGUGGAAAUGUGGGGUCACAAAAAGUAUUCCAGCAAAUAGUUUUCUGCACGUGUUCUAACUUUGUUUUUGUCAUGUAACACUAAUAUCCAUAUUUAUACAUUUUAAUUUUCUUUUACUGUUAUGACUGUACAGUUGUGUUUUGUUUUGUUUUUGGUUUUUUUUAAAGGGCCAUGUGUGAUAGAUUUGCAACCUGAACCUGUUUGCCCUAAAAUAAACCUGACACCCUGACA